AUGUUGGCUCCCUGUCCUUCAUUCCAAGUCCCUAUUGGCAUCCCUAUUUUUGGGGUUGCAUUUACAAAAGAUAAUCAGUUAUUACUUUGUGGUGGAGGUGGUGCUGGUCGUAGUGGUGUCAAGAAUAAAUUGUGUUCAUAUAAGGUGGAUAUACGUCGAAAGGAUUUAGAAGAAGAAGCUAUUUAUGAACUUCCAUCAGAUCAAGAUGCUCCCAUGUGUUUGACCAUUCAUCCAACUGAAAAUGUCGCUGUUGCUGGUAUCAAUACUUCUCCUGACUCUAUGAAGCAAGGCAACAAUGAUAAUUGUCGAUGUUAUGAUAUUGGAGAAACAGAGAUCACUUUCAAGAACGCAGUCAAAAGUAUGGAAAGCAAACAAGAAGAAGAUUAUCAGAAAACAGUACGAUUCAAUAAAGAUGGUACAUUAUUGGCAACAGGAACAACAGAAGGAGUGGUGACUACCUUCAAAUACCCAUCAUUGGAACAAGUCUCAAGGAUUCAAGUAGUAGAAAACAAUGAUGUAUUGGAUGUGGAUAUGAAUGAUGAAGGUGCCAAAUUGACAGCCGUGAUUCCUGACGGAUUGAAAUUGAUCAGUUUACGGGGACGAACAGCAGGUACUGUCAUUCAAACUGUGUCUGCUUCAACUGUACACAAGAAGCACACCUUACAAUUCAGAUCUUUCAGAUAUGGAAGUGGAUUCUCUGAAAACUUGGCAUUCGCAGUUGCAAAUGGUAUUGGGAAAUCAAAAGGUGGUUUCCUGGUGGUAUUGGAUGCUCAUACAUUAGAAAUCAAGAAAGUAUAUCAAGCCUCAAAGACCCCUAUUACUGCAUUUUGUCUUAGUCCUGAUGGUUCAUUGAUUGGUUAUGGUGCUGCUGAUUUUAGUAUCUCUAUUUUGGAAGCUUCUACUUUACGAGUAAGUUCAUCAAAAAGGAUGUGCUAUUAA